GUAAGACUAAUUGUACAAAUAACAUGGCAGUUGAUAAAGUGACCAGAAAAUUCCAGCCCUUAAAAACAUAUAUAUGUUCCACAGUUACUCAGUAGGUGGCACUUAAAAGCUUAGAUGAGCUUUGCAGUCGCCAUUUAAGUACCAGCAGCAGCUGAAGCUGAAGUCAGUCCAUCUCUGAGAGAAGAGAGUGUGUGUGUCUGGAGGGAGAUUGCAACCAAGCCAACAAAAGCAUUAACCACGGCCCAGGCACCCAGAGAGAGAGAGAGAUAGAGACAGACACACACACACACACUAGAGUAGGACCAGAACAGCAAGAGCACAGGUAACAGAACAAGGAUCAGAAAGCAGCAACCAACAAGACACAAGAGAGAAGCAGCCGGCUGAGUUACAGCUCCUUUAUUUAAAAACAGAUAGCUGAGGUUUCUCUCGGAGAAAACCCACAACAGAAAGGCUCUACUGCUGGUACUAUGACAGGCAGGAACUGAAGAGCAUUUGGCAGAGUUGUGUUCCUUCUCAGGCUUCUAUUACCCCCCACGAUUUUUCACAUUUGCUGUCCGGUCACCCUAUUAUCAAAGAGAAGACCAAGAGGUGACUUAACUACAGUGUGUUUCCCCCCUAGUUGAGCAUCAGAUACAGUGAAAAGCAUGCCUGAGCAAAGCAAUGAUUACAGGGUGGUGGUGUUUGGAGCUGGAGGAGUUGGCAAAAGUUCCUUGGUCUUGAGGUUCGUCAAAGGCACUUUCAAAGAGAGCUACAUUCCCACCAUUGAAGACACCUACAGGCAGGUGAUCAGCUGUGAUAAGAGCAUAUGCACUUUGCAGAUUACCGACACUACUGGGAGCCAUCAGUUUCCAGCCAUGCAACGUCUGUCUAUUUCCAAAGGACAUGCUUUCAUAUUGGUUUUUUCAAUCACCAGCCGACAGUCCUUGGAGGAACUCAAACCCAUCUAUGAACAAAUCUGUCAGAUUAAAGGGGAUGUGGAAAGCAUUCCAAUUAUGUUAGUGGGAAAUAAAAGUGAUGAAAACCAAAACCGAGAGGUGGAGAGCAGUGACGGAGAAGCCAUGGCCAAGAAGUGGAAGUGUGCCUUUAUGGAGACUUCUGCCAAGUUGAACCACAAUGUGAAAGAGCUGUUCCAAGAGCUGCUAAACCUAGAGAAACGCAGGACUGUGAGUUUACAAAUUGAUGGUAAAAAAAGCAAACAGCAAAAAAGGAAAGAGAAGCUGAAAGGCAAAUGUGUGCUCAUGUGAAACUUGCACAGUUAUAAAGCAACCAUGUAGUCUCAUUCUUUCUGACAGAACCCAACGUGAAACCUAUAGACAAUGAGGAACCAUGUAAAAUCCUAUUUAUUAGUAGCUGUUAUGAAAGAAAUACACUAGAUUUUUUUAAAAGAGGAGUUUAUUUGCUAUGAAAAAAAACUCCCAGCAACUCAAAACAUAGUUAGAAAAUAAAAUCAAGAAUGAAAAAGGUAGGAAAGGAUUUCUAAUUUUAAAGCAAAUAGAAGAAAAAUUAAUUCCUUAUUAACAAUAUACUGCACUAUGGAAGGACUGGAAGUCAAUUACUUAUGUUUAUUAUGCUGUUUGCAUAGAACUGUAAUGGAAGGUGAUAUAUCUACAUAAUGCAGAUUUAGAAGAGAAGGAAAUGCCAAUGAAGAAAUCUAGAAUGUAUAAAUGCAUGUUGGAUUAAUUUAUCAUAGUCUUCAAGAAUGCUGGAGAUAACACAAAUAUUUUUCUGUACAAGUCUUGGUGCUGACUGUUCAUGGUUGAAGGGUGUGGGGAAGAAAAUAACCCUGGAGCUACCAAUUUAUAAACUAUUGUACAUUUGAGGGAAAUAAAGGGGUUAUGCAGCGAAAUGUGAUAUUGAUUCUCCACUUACCAUAUUAUGUCCCUCCUUAGUAUUAUGCUGAUGUGCAGUGUUUGAACUGAAUGAUGGGGAGGGGGGAAAAUCUCCUUGGGUCAGCGGGAGAUCAUCCCCUGCUCUCUGGACCCAGCUAAACCAUCAUUUCCAGGGAUGGUCUGAACUUCUGGCCCAAGAUAUUUCCGAAGAGCAAAUAUUUGCCUUUGGAGCAUGUCAGUUUAUAUCAUAUGGUGUGCAGAUGGGGGAAAAUUUUCCCCCAGGAGGACAUACUCUGGACUCCCUCUACAAAGGCCUCUGUGGAAAUUAUUCAGUUCAAACAUUUCUGAUAAGAGCACAAUAUGAUUGAUUAAUGAACAGAUUGUCUAUAGAAUUGCAGGCAGGCGUGUGCGUGUGUGAGAGAGAGAGAGAAUGAUUUUGCUCAUAUUGCCAGAUUUGCCAAAUCAAACUUCUGUAUAAUUACUGCAUCUGAAUUAGGAUUUUGCCUGCAUCUUAUGAUAAACAUACACUAAACUAUUAGAUUUAUUGUCUUUAAAUUGGCAAAUGGGAGUUAUAUUUAUUAUUUAAAUUUGUGGUCUGAACAACUGAGACUAUUCAGGGAACCAUAGCUGGCUGUCUUUACUUAGAGAAAACUUUUAUUGGUCCCAUCUCUAGUGGCAUUAAUAGAAGACUUGCCUAAGUAAAGACUACAGGAUUUGGCACAUUAACAGUUCAGUCAAAAAGUGAGUUACAAUGCAAUACUAGGUUCACAAUAGAAAAAACAGGUUAAGACUUUUUUUUUUAAGGAAAACUGCUUUUUUGCAGUCUGAGAUGGAGAAUAAGUAUAUUUAAUGUGAGUUAUUUUGAAAUCUCUCCAAAGUUUUUUUUUUUUUUUUUAAAUACACAACAUGAAUGGUUUGCUCUAUAUUCUACAACUAACAGCAAAGUGAAGACCAUCAAAGAUGAAAAAAGCACAUUAAUUUUUUUAACGGCUAUGAAAUUGUAUAUUCUACAGUUUGUACCUUUCUGCUUUAAAACAAAAGGUAUUUUUCACAAACGUGCAUGUCAAAAGCAUAUUAUUGUAAAAUGCAGUCAGAUAUGAGGAAAUUUUGCAUGCAUGUUACAUUAUAAAUGUCUUAUAAAAGCAGUUUAAAUGCAGUAUUCACUUUAGAAAUAAUUACCUUGUUCUUAAAGUGAUUUCUUGUUUACCUUCCAACUUCCAAACAGAAAUGCAACCAGUUAGUUACUGGAUAGCAUGGUAGAAAAGGAUUGUAGCAGGCCAGCUGCCAGCACUGCUGUUCUCAAAAGAGAGAAGAACUUAACUGUUGUAAUUCUCUCUGGGCAAAAUCCUGGCUCCACUGAAGUCAAUGGAAAAACUCUCACCGACAUUAGUGGGGCCAGGAUUUCACCCUCUGACCUAAUUACAGUAGAUCUAGAGAAUUGUAACUCUGCCGCUAAUUCCCAGCUGCAAGAGCUACUGAGCCAGUUUUUCCUUUUAAUCCUUAAAAUAAUCACAUACGACUGAAUAAGGAAAAGAAAUGAGAAAAUUGGAGUGAGUAUAACAAACAGGCUUAAACUCUUCCUUCACCUUUUGAUAUUCACAUUAAAAUGAAAUUCAGGAUUUCUCUAGUCAAUUGACCAUCUAAAACAAUUCUUAAAUGUAUGAAGGAUUCUGGAAUUGUUUUAUAUUGCUGAGUGAUUUUUCUCUCAGACAGGCUAUUGAAAAAACAAACAGUAUUGGAAGAACAGUGAUGUGACACAUUUAUCAGUGGUAUAUUUAGUGGGAAUUACAUAGAUGUUUACUCUGUUUGUAAGCUAAUGGUUAAAGUGGUUAAAGAUCCUCAUCUUCCUAAUUUUGGACUCCAUUAACAAAAUGGAAAAUAAAAGAAUGACUAUGUUUAAGAAAUAUUGUUGCAGCCAGCAACAAAUUAAAAAAAUGAGCCACAGACAGAGCUCAACUGUAUGGCAAUUGAACUCCAAUUGAUGCUAGUAGUCAUUGUGAAUAUGUGUCAAAGGCACGAUUGUGUUUGACUUGUGUCUGAGAACUUUUUUUGGUAUGCUACAUUUAUAUGAUAGCUGUAUAGAAACAAACUAAAAAGUCACCUUAAAGACAAAGAGCCUUAUUACAAUAUUACUUACUUGCUUUUACUUUGAUGAAGUUAUUCAUAAUUUACACUUGUAAAUGAGAUCUCAAUCAGGCUCAAAGUGCAUGACUAUAUCAAUAUUAUUGGACCAAAUACCAUCCUGGACUUCAGUGGCAGACAGAGAUUAGCAGUUCUGCAGUGAGAGUAGAAAUAAAACAAGAAAACCUGUUUCUGUUAGGGUUAAGGACCAUUUCCUUUGACUCCCAUUGGAUUCCUCUCCAACAAUAUAAUAAGCCAUGAUUUAUUUCAUGCACUUGCAUGUAUUAAAGCAAGGUCAGUAUAGAAGCAAUAUUAUUCAUGGACCACUGACUCUAAUGUAUUUUAUACCCUUGCAUUGCCAUUACAGUUUAUAAUACUAAAAUGUUCAUAUCUGUGAGCUGGUCAAAAAUAUUUGUUUUGCUAUUACUGAUACAGAUGUUCUUUUUCUUUAUAGAACAACCAACAAAAAAAAAACAGGGGAAAUAAAGAGAAAAUACAGUUUUGUUAUAUUUUGUGUUUUCCUUUGAAAUGUGAUACCAAUAUACAUAAGUUCUCUGAAAAUGUACAUAAACAACAUUGCAUACUGAAUGCAGUAUUGUAGCUGUGUUGGUCCCAGGAUAUGAGA